AUAAAUUUUCAUUACUUAGAUUAAAUUAUCUUAGUCAAUCUCCACCAUGGUAUUAUCAUAUAAUUCAGAUUUUCGUUAUUUUCGCACUAAUAUCUAUUAGCUAUAAAGGGUAUAUAUUCAUUUAUGGAAAUCUAAACCCAUUGACCGCUCUCUACUUAGGUGAUUAUGCUAUUCAGUUGGGUGAAUCUCAUGACCUGUCGAUAUUUACGAACAUGUUGUGGUUCGAAUGUGGCCUAAUAUGUUUCUGUUUACACCAAAGGUCAAACAAUUUACCUCAAAAACAGGAUUGGCUUCGUUCGUUAUCCAUUCAAGACGAAUUACUAACUAAUUAUUCAUCUUUUCCUGAUUCAUUAGACUCAAUAAAUAUCAAUGUUGGUACUGUUUCUCUAAUUGUGAAUCUAUUUUUUCUCAAUUUAAAAGUCAAUCUUUUCCUUGGCGGUGCUUUCAGUUGGUUCUUGUAUUCACCGUUACUCGUUGAUUGUGAUUCGAUUGUACUUUUUUUAGCUCUCAAUUUUGGUGGUUUUCAUGCCGCUGUUUCUGGUUAUAGUUGUACCGCUUUUUGUGUCAACUUUUCAUUUCUAUUUGCUUUCUAUUCAAUAACCAGUGGUUUGAGAUAUCAUAUGAUUUCCCAGAAAUUAUCAAAAUUAUCCCAAACAAUUACAAGCUACAAGACAAUCAAUAUAAUAGUCAAUCAAUUGUUAACUCUUUUGAUUGAAAAUCAUCGCGCUAACAUUUACUGGACUCAAAUUAAUUCAACGAUUUUCUUGUUUACAUUUAUUGCUCAGAUUCCAAUUUUAUAUCUAAUCUUUUUCAUCCAAUUGACCAGUUUCACUAAAUUUUCACUCAUCAUUCUUGGUGGACUUAAUUUCCUCUGUGGUCAAUCAAUUACCUUCCUAAGUGCUUAUUAUACCAGAAAUCGGUUGAAUCGAUGUCAGAAACAAUUAAAUCGUUUAUUAAUUGUUCGAAACGAUAUUGAUUUUAUAAGAAAGAUACAGUUAACCAAUGUAGCUGAAUAUUUGAUUGAUCGUCAAUUAUUUUUCAUUUAUGGAGGAUUUGAAUUCAAUCAAAUCAAUUACCUUACGGUCAUCCUUGAAAUUAUUUCCAACUUAUUGUUGUUAAUUGCAAAUGUAGGAAUACGUUGAUUGAUUAAAUAUGAAGAAUCAUUUUUGACUAUUGAU